UGUACACAAAACACGCGCUGCGCUGGCCAAGCGCUGGCACUGACCAUUAUGUCUCAAACAGCAGCAGACUUUGAUAAAUUAUUAGACAGAGAACUCUUAAUUCGUUUAGUAGAAGAGAGACCAGUGUUAUGGGACAAGGACUUGAAAAUUUACAAAGACAAAGUCGCCAAAGCAUUAGCAUGGCGGGAAAUAUGUUCGAUAUUUAAAGAUGAUUUUGAAAAUAUGAAGCCAAAUAAACGAGAACUUUUUGAAAAAUGUGUUACAUUGAGAUGGACACGAAUAAGAGACGCCUGGAUAAAAACUUUGAAUGUUAGGAGAGCGGUGAGGAAAUCGGGCUCUGGUUCUGCAACGCCUUAUAGAUACGAUAAGCAAUUGUCAUUUUUAAAGAGAGUUAUUGACUUCCGUGAUAGUCCUGAGACCUUCAGAAAUUUAAACAACGACAAAUAUAUUGUAUUAGGUAAAAGUAAAAGCGGACAGAUUGAAAUUAGUAGAAAAGAAGACGAUGAAGAUAAUGAUGACGUUGAAAGGGAUCAUAACAAGAGAAAAGCAACUGGAAGUCAGGAUGAAGGUAGAAAGAGAAAACAUCCAAGUCUUAUGGAAGCCCUAGCAAACCAACCGGACCAGGGAAACGAGGGUAGACUCUUAACUUUUUUCCAAAGUAUCCUACCAUCUCUUAGGCUAUUUGAUGAUGACCAAACGUUGGAAUUUCAAUCGGGAGUAAUAAAACUGAUACAGGUCAUUAAAAGACGGACGAGGUGCGAGGAUUGGCCACGGAACUACCUGAAUACGGCGGGUCCCGCGCAGUCGCCGUCGGCAGCAUCCACCGCGUCACAAAGUUAUCACUCUGAAUCUAUGAUAGAAAUAGACCAAAUAGCGAAAAUGGAAUCUACUUUCGAUUAAAUUGAGGCCGAAAAUAGUGAAGCACUAAGUUCGACAUGUUGGAAUGCCAAUGGAAAAAAAUAAAAAACCUUUAAAUAAAAGGUUGAAAUACUGAAGUCAUAGGUAAUAUUUUGUAGAGAUUCUCACAUGUUUAGUAACCAUUACUUAGUUUAGUUCUAGAAUUAAUUAAAAUUUAAAAAAAUAUUUUGUGAUACCUACAUUCUGCGUCUUUAUUACUUCGAUACACGUAUAUUACACAUGCUAGAUUUUUAACGGAUCUUUACGUGUUAUACCUAACUUUAAAAAAAUAUUAAAAAU